AUGUUUUACGUAACUAUAAUCAUACCCCAUUUAAUGACUGGCUUUAGUGCUAUAAUUAUGUUCUUAUUUACAGAAGAGUCUGCAGCUGUAGAGAAGAAGAGGAAGCCUCUUAACAGACUGAACAUUCAUUCUGCAUUCUGGAUUUUGGCAUCAAUUGCCGUGACAUACUACUUUGACUUUUUAAAAACUGUUAAAGAAACUAUUCAAGCACAUAGCUGGUGGUUUGCCUCUGGCAGUUGUUUAUUGGCUGCAUGUUUAUCUGUUGCCUUUUACUGCAUACUGUAUCUUGAGUGGUAUCGUGGAAUUGAGGACUACGAUGCACAGUAUCCAGCACUGAUACCUAUCACAACGGCUACCUUUAUUGCAGCAGCAGUUUGUUUCAACAUUGCCUUGUGGCCUGUCUGGUCAUUUAUGACACCUUUGUUGCUCUUCAUUCAGUUUAUGGGUGUUGUGAUGCUUGUGUCACUCCUGGGAUAA